GGAAGGCACACCGGAGCACCUCCGCACCGACCUGCACUUCGCGGACCUCCGGCUCUCCAAGCCGCUUCUCAGGGCUUGUUCUGAGCUGCAGUUCCAGUGUCCAACGCCCAUCCAGAGGGACGUUAUCCCGCUGGCACUGAAGGGCUCUGACAUUUUGGCCACCGCCGAGACAGGCUCCGGCAAGACGGCCUCCUUCCUGUUGCCCACCUUGGAGCGCUUGUGCCAAAGCAGCAGCGUGCGCGCACGGCGUCGAGAUGCCGCGGGGCAGCUCAUCCUAGGACCAGUGGGCACCAAGGCGGUGGUCUUGAUCCCCACGCGGGAGCUCGCUGUGCAGUGUCACGCGAUGCUGCAAAACCUGGCCAAGUACACACUGGUCACCUACCAACUUGUUGCUGGAGGGUAUGUGGCGCACGACCAGGCGGCGUCGUUGCGGCACCAGCCGGAUUUGGUGGUGGCCACACCUGGCCGGCUGCUGGACCAUUUGAUGAACUCCCAGUCCGUUCACAUGGAGCUGCUGGAGAUCGUGAUCUUCGACGAAGCGGAUAGGCUGCUGGAGAUGGGCUUCCGGCAAGAGUGCCUGGAGGCCGGCCGAGACGCGACGAUGCUAUUCUCCGCCACCAUGAACGCUUCGGUGGAGGAUCUCGCGGGUUUGGCGCUGAUCAAGCCGGAACGAGUCCAUGCGAGCCCCGUGAACGCCGUGGCGCAGACGCUGGAGCAGGAGUUUGUGAAGGCGCCCAGCGCGGAGCUGAGAGAGGCAGCCCUCUUGAGCCUGGUGUCGCGGAACUACGACUCCAAGGUCAUCGUCUUCUGCUCCACGAAGCAGGUCGCCCAUCGCCUGGCCAUCAUCUUCGGCCUGUGCCGCCUCAAGUUCGCGGAGAUCCAUGGGGAGCUCUCGCAGGGCGAGCGCGCUGCUUCUUUGCAGAGCUUCCAGAGCAACAAGGCAGACUUCCUGAUUGCCACAGACAUUGCAUCUCGCGGCUUGGAUCUGCCGAACACGAAGACCGUGAUCAACUUCCAGUUGCCGGCGGAUGUCACCCGCUACAUCCACCGCGUUGGCCGAACU